AUGGCCGACCCCCUCUACGAACUGCUGAUACCCUAUUUCGACGCGCAAGACGCGCAGCUACGGCCCUCCCCGAACGACGCCAUCACCAACACGUACCUCGCCCGCCUCACCACCCUGCCCCUAGCCGCUCUCUCGUCUUCAGAGCAACAGUCACUGUCACAAAGCUCGCAAUCUAUACUACGCUCGUUACAAGCCCUCUCGAAACGCUCACACAAGCCCAUCAUAUCCUCGACCGACCACCUGCUCCAUCUACGCAAGACACUCGCUCAAAUAGGACAAGAUGCAGGAACGGUCCAGGAAGAACUACCAAGGCUGGAAACAGCUGCACAGAGCUUCUCUGAUAAAUACAGCAGAGGGGCAGACAAUGCCAUCCUAGACAGACGGAGAAAGGCCAUGCUGCUAUCUCGGAACAUUGACCGCGUAUCCGAUGUGCUCGACCUGCCCACCCUCCUCUCCUCCGCCAUCAGCUCCUCUACAGCCGCUGCCCAAGCCUCUUCAUCUACGGCCACCGCCAACGCGAACUACGCCUCGGCUCUCGAUCUUCAUGCCCACAUCAAGCGCCUCCACACCCUAUACCCCACCUCUGAACUCGUCUCCUCGCUCACUGCUCAGGCUGAACAGGAAAUGAAGACCAUGACCACCAAUCUUAUAAGCUCACUCCAGAGUCAAGGCAUCAAGUUGGCAGGUGCCAUGCGAACAAUUGGAUGGCUUAGACGCGUGGCGCCCGAACUGGACGAAUCAUGGUCAGCCAAGCAAGCUGGCAUAGGCAGUGGAGAAGGCACGCUGGGCGCAUUAUUUCUCGUUUGUCGACUAGUCUGCCUUGAGCUGAUGCUCAGCGCAUUGCAUCCUCUACGCGAACUUGCCGACCAAGAGACAGAGAAGCGAACGGCAAGUCCCGCCAGGAGCGACGCCGCCUGGGCGGUAGGCCAACAAACCGAAAAGUACUUGAAGAAGUACCUUGAAGUAUUUCGCGAGCAGAGUUUCGCCAUUAUAUCCAUGUACAAGAGCAUCUUCCCCUCCGCCUUGCCAGCACCCGGAUCAGAUGAAAGCGCCCCAGCUGUAAAGCCAGUCGCCACUUCCAAUCCCCUCCAACCCAUACCAUCAGCCCUUGCAACGUUCCCACUACAUCUCGUAGAAAUGCUGUUCGACACUCUGCAAACAUAUCUCCCAAACGUACAAGACCGAUCGCAACGAGAUUCGCUUCUCACGCAGGUCUUGUACUGUGCUGGUUCGCUAGGUAGAUUGGGUGGUGACUUCAGCAUGAUGAUUGCUGUGCUGGAAGAAGACUUGCGGGCGGAGUUAAAUGAAGACACAAACGAGACCGAAGAGCAGCAUGUUGAAGAAGAAUGGGUAGAAGUUAUGAAGAAGCAUCGGGUUCAAGCUUCGAGGCUUGAACUGCUUGCUUCUGGUGUAGGCGCGGGAAGGACAAGUAGUCCUGUAGAAAGAUCUGUAAGCCCGUUAAGAUAG